AUGCCAAGAAAGAUAAAUAGCGCGACACCGGUGAGAAGGUCACCUCGCUUUAAACGCAUCGAAACCCAAGACGAAAUUACAGAGACUACCUCACCCGCUUCUAACACGCGUCCAAAACGGGCCCGAAACGAGGAAGAACAUCAUACAACAGAGGAAACGAAGAGAGAGGAUAGUGAGGAGUCAAAUGCUUACGAAAUUGAAGCAAGCAAAGACGUCAUAAUAAUUCCCGAGGAAAUUUACAUAUCUGACGACACGGCAAGUGUCGAUACAAUUGUUGAUGAUGAUAUGUCAAAAUGGGAAGUAAUGAAGAAAUCCCUUUUUGACAUUCCUAAAGACCCGGCACCACCUUAUCAUACGUAUGUUGAAAGGCUAUUGAUUAAACGUCCUUGGAUGAAGAAGGAAGACAUUGAUUAUCUUCAAAAUUUAUUUACUGACCCCGAAUCUUUACUCGCUAAGAAACAAUUGAAAAACCUUUUUAAUUUUGAAGUUUUCAUGGGUUUUUCAAUUGAACAAAAGGGUCGUCUUUUGAACCUUUUACCGAAUUGCGACAUGGUUCCGAUCUCGGAUAAUGACGGAGAACCAAUUGAUUCGCCAAGGAUUCAACUAGAACAUAUAAAUGCAGGAUUGGAACCUUAUGAAGCAGGUGUAUCUGGAAAGGUCAGCAAACUUGACCCCAAUAAAGUUUGUCCUCGAUUUGAUUUUUGGACUUCGGAUUCUUUUAAAGAUUCUCAACGUUGGUUCCAAAAGAGCAUUAAAUUAGGAUACAACACUUCUCUUGGAAUUAGCAUUCAAUGGAAUAGUCUUGAAAACUUUAAGGCUGUAAUUCCCAAGGAAUGGAAGUGCGAUGAAUAUGAACGAGUGUGGGGAAUCGGACUUGAGGAAAAAAUGGGAGAAAAACAAAUCGCGGGUGAUUCUGCUCAAAUGUCUCUUCCUGAAAUGGCCAAAUCGAAGGUCAUUAGACUCAAUGAUUUAUGGAAAUAUAAACGACAAUUUAAGAACGUUGGGGUAACAGUCUCAAUGGAUUUGAAGGUCGUCGGUAUUAAUCAAUCAAAUGGUCACUUAGAUUUCAUGUUAACCAAAGAUGGAGAAGAUAAAAUCAUAAAAGACGUCUAUAAACCGACUCGUCUAGAAAAUGAAGUUUUAGAUUUUGAUGGCCGUGUUGCAAAAUCUUCUCGUCCUAAUAGUAAUGCUUUUAAAAAUUUUAGAAUUAUAAGGUCAGAAGAUUAUACCCCAAGCUUGUUUGAAACAAGGAAAGAAUAUUGGGCGAAAAUCCAGUAG